AUGGUUUCGGGUAAUAGCAAAGAACCUCCGUCCGGAGUAGAUAAGCGCACCUUGGAGAAUAUGAAAAUAGCAGAAAAAAUUGGUGCGGAGAGUUUUGAAGAAAAUACACAAAUUCUUCGAAAAAUGGCCUGGCGUGGAGUACGUGCCUUUUUGGUGUGUGGCUUCGGUGUUGCUGCCUUUGGCUAUGCGAUGCGCCGGCGGCGUAUGUAUGAAGAGAUGAAGCGCGCACAGGCACUUGAAGAGGAACCGACUCAGCGUUAUCUUGAGGAGAUGCGGGGGCUAGGUUUUGAUGUGGAUACCUUAGAGGAGGAACUCGAAGCGGAACGAAGGGCCAAACAACUGAAGUGA